AUGUCCGACCUUCCGCCACUUCCUCAAUAUACUCUUACCCCCCUCCAACCACUCAUUCCAUACGUAUCCGAUUUCUACCUCUCGCUCAUUGUUCCAAUCGCCGCAUACUGGAUCACUUCCUUUGUCUUCCAUGUAAUCGAUACUCUAGAUCUUUGGCCGCAAUAUCGCCUGCAUACUCCUGCAGAAAUCCUCAAAAGGAAUCGCGUCUCACGUUACGAAGUUGCUCGCGAUGUGAUCAUUCAACAAAUCAUUCAAACCAUCGUUGGGGCUCUGCUAGGCCUCACCGAACCCGAAGAGAUGGCCGGGAAGACGGAAUUCGAUAUUGCGAAUUGGGCGCAAAGGAUACGCAUAGCACAAAGAGCUUUACCGUCCAUCUUAAGUUUGAUUGGACUGAAUGCAUCCGCGUUAUCGAAAGACGUAGCCGGGAAUUGGCCAAUUGUGGCGGGAGUAUUGGCUGGUGGUAAAUAUCCAAGUUUGAUGGAUGGUUUGGAUGUGGUUAGUGGUCAACAAAUUCCUGCCUUUGCGGAAUGGGAAAUGAUCGCUGCGAAGAUGAUGUAUUGGUAUAUUGUACCCGCAUUACAAUUUGGAUUGGCAAUUGCCAUCGUGGAUACCUGGCAAUACUUUUUGCACAGAGCUAUGCAUAUGAAUAAGUGGUUGUAUACAACUUUCCACUCACGCCAUCAUCGUCUUUAUGUUCCAUAUGCCUAUGGUGCCUUAUACAAUCAUCCCGUUGAAGGUUUUCUUCUCGAUACCCUUGGCGCAUCAAUUGGCUACAAACUUGCCGGCAUGACAUCUCGUCAAGGAAUGGCAUUUUUCGUUGCUUCAACUAUUAAAACUGUGGAUGAUCAUUGUGGAUAUGCACUCCCAUGGGAUCCCCUUCAACACAUUACAAGUAAUAACGCAGGAUACCAUGAUAUUCAUCAUCAAAGUUGGGGAAUCAAAACCAAUUUCAGUCAACCCUUCUUCACAUUCUGGGAUAGAUUAUUAGGAACAGUCUGGGUUGGUGAUACCACAGGAAGAUAUGAAAGAGGUAGAAAAGCGGCAGAGGUAUUGGUCGAGGCGGACAAGGUUAAGGUUGGGGGAAAGGAGUUGUGA